AUGGAGAUCUAUAGGGAUCAUGGACGGAAGAAACUUUUCCUUUCUCAGAAAAGUUAUAUCUUGAAGGUACUUGACAGGUUUGGUAUGAGUACUGCGAAAUCUAUUGAUACUCCUGCUGCUGCAAAUGCUCGUCUUUCUGUUGUGCUUUCUCCUCAAUCUGAUGAGGAAAAAGAGUAUAUGUCUAAGGUUCCGUAUGCUAGUGCUGUUGGUAGUCUGAUGUAUGCUAUGGUUUGCACUAGGCCAGACUUAGCACAUGCUGUUAGUGUUGUGAGCAGGUUUAUGACUCAACCAGGGAAGGAACACUGGCAGGCAGUGAAGCGGAUUUUCCGCUACUUGAGAGGAACGGCAGAUGUGGGUCUCAUUUAUGGGAAUGAUACUGAGUGUUUGGUGACCGGAUAUUCUGAUUCGGACUAUGCAGGUGAUAUAGACACUAGAAGAUCGAUGACUGGGUAUGUAUACACUCUAGGAGGUUCUGUGGUUAGUUGGAAGGCUACUUUGCAGUCUUCAGUGACUUUGUCUACUACGGAGGCUGAGUACAUGGCUUUGACUGCUGCAGCAAAGGAGGGUAUAUGGUUACGUGGUUUGGUUAGUGAUCUGGGUCUUCACCAUGAUCGUGCUAUUGUGUAUUGUGAUAACUUGAGUGCUAUUUGUCUUGCUAAGGAUCAGGUCCACCAUGAUAGGACUAAACACAUUGAUGUAAGGUGGAGGCAAUCCCGGCCCCGGGAUAAAGUGGGCAAGCCCGGCAUCGGGUUAAAGAUGCAACUGCAGGAGGGAAAAGUGUAUCUCGAGUACUGUUGA